AUGGACCUAGCACCAUCAUCGUCCAGCAACGUCUCGCCCGGACCUGGACCGCAAACUAAUCGCAAGGAACGCGGCGCUAUUGCUGCUCAGGCUUGCGAAACAUGCCGUAACCGAAAGCAAAGAUGUGAUGAACAAAGGCCCAAGUGCGGUACAUGUCAGCGAUUCAAACUCGAAUGCCGAUACAGAGAACCUCAACCUACAAAGAAGGACAAAACGUUAGUUGAGAUUCUAGAUCGACUCAAGAGUGUUGAAAGCAAGAUCGAUCACCUAGGAUUACGGGAAAACACCACCCCUCCCGUUUUCAACACUUCUCAACACUCUGCUGUGUAUAAUACGAACACACCGCUACUGGUCGAUCCUGAAUCACAAGACUCCUUACCAGGGACAUCUCUUCCUCCGACGAGUCCGACACCCAGUCGCGAUACAGGUGGCUAUCGAUACGACUCUUCGGUAUCCAAGGUGUCAGAAUGGCCCGUCAUGCGCCAGAUGUUCGAAAGCCUCGGCCAGAAGCCCCCAUCUCCAAUGGGCGAGAUACCUACACUUCCACGGGGACUGCGCGACUCUGCUGUGACCUUGCCACUAGACGGGAUUCAGCCAGUAGGAAUACCUAAUAACAGCACACUCCAGCUACCAUUACACUUUUCAGGAUCUGCAUCAUCUCUUAAUCUCAGCCCUCCUAGUGUGGAUUGGGAGACAGUGCAAAGAUUGAGCAAAGGUUAUUUUGAUGUCAUCAAUGCUUUCUAUCCCAUCCUGGAUAGACAAUGGUUCAAUUCGAAUACACUGAGCUCAAUUCUUAGCAAUGGGUUUCACGAAGGCGUCAUUUCAUCCCUUGUACUCCUCGUCCUUGCCCUUGGGGAAGUGGCGCUUACUACAUCUGAAGUACCCAUCUCGGCGUACAAACAACGGCCGUCUGGAAUUAAGGGGGGCACUAUCGACAGACCACCAGGCCUGACCUAUUUCAACGAAGCACGGAAAAGGAUGGGGUUCGCUCUAAGUGAGGUCAGUCUGGAAAAUGUCCAGAUGCUCGCUCUUGGUGCCAUAUAUUACUCAAGCUGUGGGCAAGCUCUUGAAUGUUGGAGGAUGUCUGUUUCUGCCUCCUCAGCCUGCCAGGCCUUGAUUGUAAACAAGCCUAGCGAGCUCCAUGGUCCCCGAUCCGAUCUAAUAAAAAGAACCUUUUGGCACUGUUCAAUAAUGGAGACCUGCUUUCACAUGGAGUUCGGUUUGCCUCUAACUGGCCUAGAGAAGUUUGAGGAGGCUAUUGGUCUUCCUGACUUCAGUGGACCGAUCACUGACGAGGACUAUAUGAGUAACCAAGCGACACACUUUCAGGAGCAUUUUGCUUCACAGAUCGUUCUUCGAAGGCUAUCUGCUAACUUCCAUUCUGUUCUAAACAAGACAUUUGGCUUAGACGCAUCUGUGUCUUUCCCAGGGUUUGGGCAAUUUAAUGGCACUUCCAGCCCCGGCAAUGCAACUGUUAUGAAGCAGCUCGACGCACAACUUGAACAGUGGAGAGGCAUGUUGCCCAGCCAUUUGCGAUGGCACGAAAACCAAGAAGUUGCUUUUACAGACCCUUCACAGGAUGCCUUCGGCGACGUUUAUGCUGGACAGUCCCUGCAGAGCAGUUACAUGUUCACGUCGGAUCUUGAUACGCAACCGGCGACAUACCCAUUCGCAGCCGAUAUACAAGUCGCACUCCUUCGAACACGAUACAGCUACAACAAAUACCUCAUAUAUCGUCCGUGCAUUUUCAAGGUCCUGCACCACCCCGAUAGUCUGACGCGGGAAGAUGCCGAAGGCGCUGCCGAAUGUCUCAAAGCGUCACUCAAGUGGCCCAUCGCGCUAUCGCCUCCAUGCACCAAUAAGCGACUUGUACCCAUGACAUUUUUCUGGUCUCAAAACCUCUUUGGUGUUCUAAUGUUAUUACACCUUUCGCAGCAGCACCCAAUCCUGGGUCGUAUUCGAUCGUCGCUCUGCGGGCAGCGCUUCGACGUUGAGGCCUCACAGACUGUCACGGCGUAUCUAGAUUGGCUACGCGACAUAAAAAAGAUAGAUUCGACGGCGAAUUGGUGUUGGAAUAUUGCUCAUUUGAUCUAUCGACUGGACGAUUGA